AUGGCAAUGGCAUUGAGGCUUCGCAGGCUUUCCUCUUCUGGGGACAAGCCCAUUCGCCCUCUCUUCAACGCCACCUCUCAUUAUUACAGGUCAUCUUUGCCCAAUGAAGCUGUCUACGACAAGGGGAAGCCCGGUGUCACAUUGCCUAAGGAACUGAAUGCUCCACUAGAGGCUGUGGAUCCCGAAAUUGCAGACAUCAUUGAACAUGAGAAAACCAGGCAAUGGAAGGGGCUAGAGCUGAUACCCUCAGAGAACUUCACAUCGCUGUCUGUGAUGCAAGCAGUUGGGUCAGUGAUGGGGAAAAAAAACAGUGAAGGAUACCCCGGUGCUAGAUACUAUGGAGGAACUGAGUUCAUUGACAUGGCAGAAUCUUUAUGCCAGAAGCGUGCUUUGGAAGCAUUUCGGUUAGAUCCAGCAAAAUGGGGAGUCAACGUGCAGCCUUUAUCAGGGUCUCCAGCUAAUUUCCAGGUUUACACUGCAUUGUUAAAACCUCAUGACAGAAUCAUGGCACUCGAUCUUCCUCAUGGUGGACAUCUUUCUCAUGGCUAUCAGACUGACACUAAAAAGAUAUCUGCUGUGUCGAUCUUCUUUGAAACAAUGCCGUACAGAUUGAAUGAGAGCACUGGCUAUAUUGACUACGACCAGUUGGAGAAAAGUGCCAUGCUAUUUCGGCCAAAAUUAAUAGUUGCUGGUGCUAGCGCCUAUGCACGUCUGUAUGACUAUGCACAUAUUCGCAAGGUAUGCAACAAACAGAAAGCAAUAUUGUUGGCAGAUAUGGCACAUAUCAGUGGGUUGGUUGCAGCUGGUGUCAUCCCAUCACCUUUCGAGUAUGCGGAUGUAGUGACCACCACAACGCACAAGUCGCUUCGUGGCCCUCGUGGAGCCAUGAUUUUCUUCAGGAAGGGGGUAAAAGAGAUUAACAAACAAGGGAAAGAGGUGCUGUAUGACUACGAUGACAAAAUCAAUCAAGCUGUCUUUCCUGGCCUUCAAGGCUGCCCGCACAACCACACAAUUGCUGGUUUGGCAGUUGCAUUGAAACAGGCUACUACACCAGAGUACAAAGCUUAUCAAGAGCAAGUUCUCAGCAAUUGCUCAAGAUUUGCACAGUCUUUGGUUGAGAAGGGCUACGAACUUGUCUCUGGCGGAACUGAGAACCAUUUAGUUUUGGUGAAUUUGAAGAACAAGGGUAUUGACGGCUCCAGGGUCGAAAAGGUGUUAGAAGCUGUUCACAUUGCAGCCAACAAGAAUACUGUUCCUGGAGAUGUGUCUGCCAUGGUUCCUGGCGGCAUCAGGAUGGGAACCCCCGCUCUUACUUCUAGGGGAUUUGUUGAGGAGGAUUUCGCUAAAGUUGCAGAUUUUUUUGAUGCUGCUGUGAAGUUGGCUGUGAAGAUCAAGGGGGAAGCCCAAGGAACAAAGUUGAAGGACUAUGUGGCCGCACUGCUCGCCCCUCACUUCCAAUCUGAAAUUGCAAAGCUCCGCCAUGACGUUGAGGAGUAUGCUAAGCAAUUUCCCACAAUUGGGUUUGAGAAGGAAUCCUUGAAGCACAGUAAGCAGUCAUCAACGGACUUUUCUUGGUUGAGAAAGCAGAAGGAUCGUAUGUCAAGAUGA